AUGGGGCCUGGCUCGAGCGCGUCGCAAGGCGUGGACUCCAGCGGCGCGGCAGCUGCUACCGGCGGCGCGGCGGCAGGCGGCUCCGAGGCGGAGGCGGCCAUCAAUGGCGGCGCAUGCCACUCUGUGGCGGCGGCCUGCGCGCUGGCGGCGGCCGCGGCAGCCGCGUCGCCGCCGGGCCCCAGCGGCGCCGCAGGCGGGGCGGGGCCGCCCCCUGCGGCCGCGCGGCGCUCGCGUAGCCCCCGGCGGCGGCAGGCUGGCAGGGCGCCGCAGAGCGAGAUCGCCGUGCCCAGCAUCGACCUCGGCCACAGCAUGCGGGAGGCGGGGCAGCAUGCCUUCUGCUGCAGAUGCGGGGCCUUCGCCGAGCUGCAGGGGGCAGACCGCGCCAAGGGCCUGAAGCAGAGCUGCGGCGGCCGCAUCCCGCAGGGCGCGCUGGACACGGCAGGGCAGAAGAAGCAGCGCCUGUACCUGAGCCGUCUGCUCGGCAG